CAAGACAUUAUCUUGGCUCAGAGCACCGGCGCGGCUCCUCCUUCCCGCCUGCGCCUAGCACCCGCCGAAGCUGCUGUUAUUAUCAUUCCUUUUUUAACCAAUAAGGUUACAGCACGCGAGGUUAUGCAUCUUGCAGAGACACGUAAGAAGAGGUAGCACUAAUUCUUAAAGCCCAGACUAUCUACGAAGCUAUUUCUUUUCUCAACAAAAUAUUGCUAGUCUCAAGGAGGUGAGCACACCACCUGGGAAUUCUGGAUGGAGGAAGCAUCAGGGCAGACAGCUUCUGUGAGACAUGUCCUCCUGAACACACUGAGCUCCCAGGUGCAGCCACGGAUGUGGCAUGGAUGCCAGAUUGACUUAUUAUUGUGACGAACGUAGAAGACUGAAAACGAAGAAUUGUGGCUCAAAGACAAAUUAUCGUUAAGUGUCAAAGCUAUGAAGUUUUCAACCCACCCUCAGGGUAGCAGUGUUCCAGAACGAUAAUGACAGUCUCUGCAAGCCUUCAGAGCUCUGGGUUCUAGAAGGCACAGAAUGGUACUUCCCCAGGAUUGUUCUGCUUGAACCAAUCACAAAGCAGGCCCAGAUUUAAAGAAUGAGAAUGGGAUGAGGCAAUCAAAAGAGAGUCUAGAAGGAGAAAAAUGAAAGGAAACUGAAAAGUCAGGAGUUCGGCUAAGCAGUCAGGUGAGGCAUGAAGUCUGUCUGAAUCACGCGCUGAGAUGUUGCCCCAUGCGGGGUCACCCGUCGUGUAGACGCUGCCUUUGUGCAGUUGAGGGAACUAGCCCCUGCCGCACAAUACGUAUUUAUAUUCACGUGUGCCUGCUGUGGGAGCAGGGCGGAAGAUCAUCAUGAUGAGGGGAUCCCAAGAAACGUUGCGGAAGCCAGACUCUCGAGCAAGUGUUGUAUAAAAUCAGUGGUCUAGGACAUCUCGGAGCCCAUCCAACAAGCCUCUAUCAGUAGGCGAGUCAAGAAGAAGGAACCCCAGUCUUAAGCUCCAAAACAGCUCCACAACCUCCCGAACUUCAUCUACUUCCCCCAGCCAGGAGGACUCUCCACCACCACAGGCUUGGCCAGAACCCUCUUCACCAAUGCCCAAAACGCAGCCAGAGUCAGAUAUGUCUCUGGAAUCGCAGCCUCCCACGCCCCCCGAAACAGAGUCCAGCAACCGGCGCAAGAAGUAUGAGCCUCCCGAAACCUGGGCUGAAAGCCUUGGGCGUGAUGUCCGCGAGAACCGGAGCUCACUGUCGCCGGACGCGCACAGCUGCGAAUCCCGAGCCUCGCACGGGCAGCCGCGGGAAUAUUCGCGCACGACUCCCACGGAGUGGAAGGUCUAUCCCCAGCAUCGCAUGCCCUACCCUACCUCCAUCCAGAUGGAUCUCGACUGCAUGUCAGAAAUGCAACAGCAGAAGCUGCAGGAGGAAGACGAGCCCAGACCCAAGAAAGCCAUCACCAUUGCUGUGUCAUCUCGGGCACUCUUCAACAUGAUGGAUGACAGGAGAAUCUAUGAGGAAGAAGGUCUGGAAAAGUACAUGGAAUAUCAGCUCACCAAUGAGAACGUCAUCCUGACGCCCGGGCCCGCGUUCCGCUUUGUCAAGGCCCUGCAGCAUGUCAAUGCUAGACUCCGAGAUCUGUAUCCUCAUGAUCAGGAAUUAUUCGAUAUUGUACUGAUGACUAAUAACCAUGCCCAAGUGGGAGUGCGGCUUAUAAACAGCGUCAAUCACUAUGGCCUACUAAUUGACUGCUUCUGUUUCACUGGUGGAAAAAGUCCCAUUGGCUAUUUGAAGGCAUAUCUUACCAACUUGUAUCUUUCUGCGGAUUUUGAAAAAGUCCAAGAAGCCAUACAAGAAGGUAUUGCCUCUGCAACAAUGUUUGAUGGAGCCAAAGAUAUGCCUUACUGUGACAUACAGCUCCGUGUGGCCUUUGAUGGGGAUGCCGUCUUCUUCUCUGGUGAGUCUGAACAAACUGCCAAAGAGCACAGACGGGACAAAUUCUUUCAACACGAAACACUAUCUGAGAAUAAGCCCCUUGUUCAGGGUCCCUUGAAAGGCUUUCUGGAAGAUUUAGGCAGACUACAAAAGAAGUUUUAUGCCAAAGAUGAACGGUUACUUUGUCCUAUCAGGACCUACCUGGUUACAGCCCGAAGCGCAGCCAGCUCAGGUGCCCGGAUGCUGAAGACUCUUCGCCGCUGGGGUCUAGAGAUAGACGAAGCUCUUUUUCUUGCGGGAGCCCCUAAAGGUCCCAUCUUGGUGAAGAUCCGGCCCCAUAUCUUCUUUGAUGACCGGAUGUUCCUCAUUCAAGGGGCAAAGAAAUUAGGCACCAUCACAGCUCAUGUACCUUAUGGAGUUGGCCAAAAAUACCACACUUAGCGAUGAGGACAAGAAAAAGAACAGUGACAUUCUUGUAUCACAGAGGAAACUUCCUUUGGAUGUUUAGAGUAAUCAGGUAUUUUAGAAGUUUGGACCUAAAAAACUAGCUCCUUUUGGAAGUUUCCGCUUCAUGUUUUGGGGCAACAUUUUCAACUAUCAAGUAACCUUCAAGCU